AUGUUGCUCCGCGGCGGCCAGAAGCGAAGUCACGGGGCGCGUUUAUCGGGCUGCGGUGAGUCCGCGCUCUACUGAGUCUGCUACUACGGUCUGUAUUUUCCAAACAAUAUCCUCAUACACAUCCUAGUAGAAAUGAACUAAAGUUUCUGUCUUACGUAUUAUGCGUAGGCAGGUGCCUUUUAUCGUUUCUGGCGAAAUCUGUAAUUGGGGGAAGUGGGGAGAGGCGGCUGACUUGAUUGCCUGUGUUAUCUACCAUCUGCAGACUAAUUACUGUUGCUCCUGCAUUAUUCAGGCUAGCUCACAUUCACUGCAGUGUACUAUGAAGAUAACAAGUUGUACGAAUUCGCCUCAGAGGAUGAGAGAGAGCAGCAAAGCGGAAGUCUGGCUUAAGUUCCGUUAGAGGAGACGCAUGUGAACCCUUCAACAUGAUUUUCAUGCAUCUUCUCUCGGAAAUAUGAGUGAAUUUAUGAAGAGGUCGCAAAUAAUCGAAAUAUUGCACUGCUUAAGUGCUAGCUUUUUUCCCCAAAAGCCUGCUCAACUGAAGGCCAGCGCUGUGUUGUGCACAAAUGGGCUCGCGAUGCCUGCUAAAUCUUAUUGCAACCGCUUUUUACUGAGGCUGUAGCUAAUGCUGUGAGUCAGCGUUUAAUGGGUUUUGACGCAUACUGGCGGAAAGUGAAUUACUAUUUGAUGUGUUUGGUGACCACAAAUCCCAAAACAGAAUGCAUUCUCGUCUUUUUUUUUCACCAAUCGCCCUUUCCGACAGUGCUUCGUUCUGUUUGCGAAUAGAGCCAGAUGUUGGCGCAUUUCGGGAAUCCAUUUUCUAUCGUUUUUGUUAAGCCUGCUGUUCUUCCUCCUCUCGAAGGAAAAGACGAACGAUACCUUCGGUUCUCAGCCCAUCCAAGUAAAAUUACGGUCUUUUAUAGAAGCCUUUUGUUCUAAAUCUGCACCGGACACGCUUCAACAGCUGACUUCUCCUCCUUUGCCCGCCCCCACUGACGAUGUUCCAGUCGAUUUGACAUGGUGAAACGCGGUAGACUGGAGAAUACUGCACGUUUUCGGUGCUUCUUUUUCGAAGUCUGCUGGCUUGUCUACUCCACCACCAGCCUGCGAUCUGUGGUGUUAAUCCCGCUCGUCCGCUAUCUCCCCUUUACAUACGAGAGAAGUUUGGGCAACCUCAACUACGCUAGUCCUGCAGGUUAAGGGAUCUGUCCUGACUCUGGUUGGCGCAUAGUCCCGCAGACUCGGAAAGUAGUCAGUUUAUUAAGGGAAUGAGGCUUUCGCCCUUGAACUCCCCAUUCAUAUCGGUAAACAGAAAUAUAAUCAUCAAUUACAUCAGCAAAUGCGGUAAUUCAAACGUUAGGGGUAAGUGUGAGCCAGGCGCAAAUUGCCGCCGCUAAAACAAUCGUGAUUAUAUGUACAGUAGUUUCUCAGCAAAUGAGCAUCUAGUCUACACUUAAAGGAUUCGACAGUUUCGGAAUGAACCACCGCAUCAGUGAGUCCGUUCUGUGCCCCAAUGACCCUGCGAGAGGAGGCGUUCCGUCGGACGUCCGAAUGAGCCAGCUUCCUCCGCAGUUUUAAGGGAUGACCACGCAGACGGUCAGUCCCGGCCAAUUCGAAGAAUUCAUCAAAGUCUAGGGCGGACUCACGGCCUCUGACAAUCCUGUAGGUUUGAAUGAGAUCGCCGCGCAGUUGCCUGUAAUUGAAAGUAAACAGAUUUAAUUCGGUCAGCUUGGUUUCGUAAGGCAGAUGACGAAGAUUCUUGACCAUCUUCGUAGCCAUCGCCUGUCCUCUUUUCAGUCGUUGAUAGUCUUUCCUCAACCACGGUCGCUAGGUCUGGACCGCAUACUCUACUUGAGACCGGUCGAAUGUCCCAUAGGUUUUUCCAAAACAGCUCUUUAUCGAUCUGCACAAAUCCUCGCCUCAGCGCAAAUAACACCCUUAUCGUUCUUUUCGCUGCCCUUUGACACUGGGAUGAUGGUUUCAGCGAGGAGGUCAUUAGGACGCAUUGACAUGCGGGGUGACUGUAAGGCUUCAAAUCGGAUUUGAUAAGUCCGCUUUUAUGAAUCCAGUUUACCAUUAAAGUACUUGCUUUAUAAAGAACUGAGGAAACCAGGGUUGAGGUCUGAUAUCUUAUACUCUUAUAAGUUGUAAUGUUUGCAAGAGUAUUCAGCUCAAAAACGACAGUUCAACCGUCGGUUUCGACGAUGACCACCGUGUCCUCCACAGCAGGGUGAGAGCAGGAACGGUAAAAUGCACGUGAAUUAGUUUAUAGUGAUGGUAGACUUGCACGGCAUCUACCUCACUAUCUCUUUAUCUCUCAUCUGGAUCCGAUGUCAUGGCAAAAGUGGAAAGACUGCAAGCAGGAGAGGGCGCAGUUGACUGGCACAGCUUAAACCCGUGCCUAGGUGUACCACCACGCCCCCUGGGUCCCCAUCGUACACGUGCUGGGAUUUCAUACACCGGGAAAAAAGGGAGGUGGCACAAAUUCCAGGGGUCGCGGCGGAAGUCCACGCAUAAGCUACCACCACACCCCAGAUUUUGGGUGUACAUUUCCGAUAACGCCUUCCAGACUGCGAUCUACAUCCCGUGUUCGCCUAGCGCAACUACGCGCACGCAAAUUUUGUGCAGCACACCUUCCGUUUCACUUGAGAGUCACGGGUGAUGCUUGCCUUGCUAGAAUUAUCCUAUCCGGAGUUUGCCCCUUUUAGGCGUAGUUAGCAUCGUUUCACGUCCCGAAUAUUGUCGCUUGAGGAUUUUACGACAACCUCUCCGAGCAGCAUGCCGCUUGGAAGGCUCAGAUGGGGUCCAGGUGGAGUCAGAGCAACGUUUGCACUUUUGGACACAAUUUCUCAUGACUCGCGUCGAAGCCAGUCGUGAGGCUGGCUUGGGAGACCACGCUGUUGCACCGGACUGAUUUUGUGACCAUUUCCGACCAGGACCAUCCCUCUCCGCCUUCCCGAACUACCCUUGUCCUAAUUUACUUCGUCCUGACGUUUGGAACAGCCGGACGUUCUGUGAGAACAGGCACGAGGAAAAAAUAGUUGCAUUUGCGUACAGCAUGGACGGGGUUGACCAGCCAGCUUUUCUUCUGACCUCUCAAGAGGCUGUUCCAACUGCUGGCCGCCUGGGCUGUAACGUCAACCCCACAACAGUUGUUGUGGUGGAUCGAGGUGUGACGUUUUUUCCGCCCGAUCCUAGCCUGCCGUCACAAUGGCCAAAGUCCGUAUUAAGGGCCAGAAUGGGGCCUUUUUGAUAUCACUUCCGGCAUCCGCCAGGAUUGCGUUCUCUCUACCUACGUGACUAGUCGGGUUUUUCAACAGGCACUGGCAGCCCUCGUCGGUGUUUUGUGCUUUAAGGGUCUGUACUACUCUAGUGGUCAGUCGCGGUGCUGAUGGGCAUCUUUGUCGAAGCUCACUGUUCCAUAUGCACUUCUGGUCAAAACUGGACCCGCGGCGAACUAUGCUAAAUCAGUGAACGCCAUACCCUCUAAGCUAUCCUUGGUUUCGAACAAUCGCCUUCAAGGUGAGCCAACUGGUGACCAGUGGGGUGAAUUGUAGGUCAUUCACCCACGAGCGGAAUGCGGAUCCCGAAAGCAGUAAAGAGAAAGGAGACGUGUGUUCACUGCGUGUUUAUUACCCCUAUCCGAUGUUGUCUCUGAUAAUAGACUCGAGUAUGAGUCUCGAACGCCAGGCGAAUAAAAUUCUUGUGCCAGCAAUCACGUCCCCUUCCUAGCACUUAUUGGCGUCAAGUGGACUCGCCCUUAUGUAGAUGUAGAAGUCUUACUCGACUCCAGAUGCUGUCAAUGAAAUGCGAAAUUCCCUUUUACUUCGUCAUAUCUCCCGGCUAUUGGCAGGACCGAGCCGGAAUCGGAAUAGACCUUGUAGUUCGAGGAAAUCCGAAAAUCAUCGGUUGAAGGUACUCUCAAAUAUGCCGUUUUGAAUUGAGUCCAGGAGACCUUGUAGGCCAUGAGAGGCGUCUGAUAUUAGGAGAGACCGUAACAGCACUGCCUUGUCAUCCCGGAAAAUCGACCCCGGAGGGCUUUGCGCUGUUGAGAGUAAAUGCAAAUACGUCACUAGUAAGGUGUAUGGUUGCCCAGUGACUUGUGUCAUUCUCCUCUAUCUGACUCAUUGUCGUUGUUGGUUAAACUCCCGGUCAAGUGUUUGUUGUGGACCAGGGGAUGUGGUUGUACGUCUAGGUACGGGUCCGGCCGCGCCAGCGAUCUGCGCCCUCUCCCACCUUCCAUCUUCAUGACUGUGUUUUAACACCGGACUCAGGCGGGGUGGAGGUGCUGUGCAACUUCACUGCCACUACGAACUAACCCACGCGCAAAUCGUUGUCCUGGCUCUCACCUUGCUCUGUAGCACACGGUGGACAUCGUCGACGACGACGCUCGAACUGUCAAAGUAGCACUGAUCCCUAACAUUAUUACGAAUGAAUGUCGGAAUCAUCUCUCCUGAGAUCCCGGUCAAUAGCCGAAACAGAAAUAAAGUCUCCAUAAUCACGCGUAGUCGAGAUACCCAUUCCAUUACAGAAUUGUCUGCCGUUCGACCUCCGGGUCCGGUCCGUCAAUCAUGUCUCGGUGGGAACCCGGGAAUCCUCGAUCUGAGUGGCUUUGCUGCAUUUAUAAGAACGUAAGACGCACUGUAGCAAAGUUUACUUCAUGCGGUCCCAUUUAUGGUUUUCACUCAACCAGGGAACUUUAGGUGUUCUUCUUGCCCAUAGACCGCAUUUGCUCCGAACCCUUCGCACAGUAGGGGUAUAUUCCCUAAAAUCCGCCAUUACACCACAGCACGGAAGAAAGUACAAGGCAGUUAGAGCACAGACACCUCAGUGUCCCAGUUCCUGAGCUCGCAGUUCUGUUCCAGCCGUCCGACGGCCACUCAGAAUUAUCUGAGUGCACUCAAACUGUCCAUGCCCAAUGCUCUGAUUCAUCCCAACUGCCCGUCACACUUUCUUCCUCAGCCGGAUAGCCUGUUGACUUCGAAAGAAUGGUUGACAGUACACAGGACUUGGAAUCCGGCCUCUCCGUGCGUUAUUUUCCAAGGAGGUUAGGGUUGGAAGUAGGGUUAAGACGGGGUUGGUGUGUCAGGACCAAGGCUAUAACGCGGAAAUAGGCGCCCUUCCUGCCAUUUGGUGCAUAGCCACGUGUAUCACUCCGGGGGCUUCCUAUUCGUAUAUCUCACCAAACAGUUAUGCAAGGAGAGUGAAAAGCAUCGUUCCCUUAGCCACAUGGGGCCAUUUUGUUGUAGGGAACACCUUACAUCCACUCAGCCCAUAAUAUGAGGCAUGGGUAUACUUCUCAAUGUCGUCUCCAGAGAUACUCCUCAAGUCACAAUGGACGGCGAACUUCUCUGAUUGACACUUUCUGCCAUCGUAAGUCGAUCUCUCUGCUAAGCAGGGCGUGCAUGGACCUCGUCUAACUUGGUCUAAACCCCACUGGAAUCGGCCAGAGGCUAGCCUGAGGACUAGGGCAUGAGUGUACGAGGUUUCCUCUUCUGUACGAAAAUAUGAACGGCCAGAAGACCCUCGCCGCUUGAACGUAUCCAUACUUGUCAUUCCGAUUACAUUUCGGACGAGCGACUAUUCCAGGAACCAGUUAAUUACGUCCUCCCUCAGGUCCAUGACCAAGGCCCUUUACAGCCUGGUGGGUGCCGUCAGUUCUCCUGCGCUUGCGCUCCCGCUGCAUAUACAGGUCGUGUGAAUGGCCGCCCAGUCAUCCAUGUCCUUUCUGUUGUUGUUGGUCAAAAUUCUGGCGGAAGCGUUUUUUCGUGGACCAGGGUGUGUGGACUGGCACGCCAAGGUGUGGGUCCGGCCGUGCCAGCAACCUGCGCCAUCUCCCGCCUCCGGUCUUUACACCGGGCCUAAGUGGGGGAUGAGGGAAGAGUGCGGUAGAUUCUGCGCAAGUCUGCUCUCAUUAUAAACUAAUUCACGCCGUGCCUGCUUCACCUUGCUGUGGAGCACGCUGGGUACAUCGUCGGAUGCGACGGUCGAACUUUGAUAUUACGCUCCCCCUCACUUACCGAAUGAGACGACUUGGUCAUGCGUUGCGCUGACCUUAACUCGAGGUGCUCGGAAACUUCGUGUCAUUGCGGUUGGCGACUGCGUCGUUGGAGUCAGGUAAUUAAAUGAUUAUAGCCGACUUCGAGAGCACUUCUGGCCAUGCGGCCAAAGGAGAUGGCCUCCCAGCUAGUUCAGCUUCGUCCCCACGUCCGCACUCUCGACUGACUGCAACAGACAGGCAUCGUUUUUGCCUUGAAACUGGCAACAAGUUAAGUAAGUUGCUGUGUCGAUGAUAGCGGCCCUACGGCGUCACUCGCUGGUGGACUGUUUUUAAUACCACUACUGUCGGGCUGGUAGCUUAGUAGUGCUAGGUGUUAAUCGCUGUCGCAUAUUCUGCUAACUAUUCCCUGGCCUGCGCUGUCAGCUGUUGUCAGGUCUUACGAAGUUAUCUCAGCGGUCGUUGCACAUGCGCCUUCCCGAAUUCUACGCGCUUGUUACGAGUCUGCAUGAGAGAACCAGUCCCCCAGCAUUGACAGUUCGUUUAAUAUGGUGCACAAUGGAAGUCAAAGGUGGACUCUCUUUCCUUCCUAUGCGUGGCAACCUGGGGAUUUAUCUCGGCGUAUUCUGCCUUCAGUUGACUGACCUGCCGUCGGGUUUGCAGCCAUAGACCUUACUCCUUAACCUCUUUGAUUCAUCGUCUCUGCGGUUAGUCCUGUUGGCCGUGUCAGCGUCGUGCACCAAAGUGACGAAGGAGUGUGUCUGUGAACCAGCAUUACCUUAAAAAGUCUCAGCAGUCGAGAGGCUACCUUGAAAGUCCCGCCGAUCCGGAGAAUGACCCUUUAAACUGUGUGACUGCCCCCACGCGGACGUCGAAAAUCCUCUCUACGCUUGUUUCUCUAAAAAUCAGCUCAUUUCUUCCGCUGUUCUAUCGCCCAUAUCGAGGCAUCUUCAUUGUUCUCUUUCUUUCUCUUUCUGUGCUUCUGCCUCUGAAGAACUCCACGACGCGUUCAUCCUCUUCGACGUCAACCACGAUGGCAGAAUCACCGAGGCAGAAUUAAACUCUGUUCUCAACUUUUUGGGCAUCAAAAGCAGCCCGGCCGAGGUGAAACAAAUGAUCGCCGAGGCGGAUGUCGAUGGUGAGUGAUGCCUCCUCUGGCUCUCAGGCACAAGCAUAAUUUUGCUCUCUUUUCUCCAUGGAUGUGUAGGCUCCGACCUCCACCAGGUAACCGUCUGCCAGUUUUAUAUGCCGUAGUCCUCAUUACGAGGAACUCAUCUUCUCGACACGUCAAAAAACUCGUUGAAAUAAAACUGAGACGCUCAAAUUUCCAACGACACGGCAUAAAAUCGUGAAUUGAAAGGUUCCCACCUGGCGGGAUAACUCGUGCUGAGUAUUUUAGAUCGGCUGAAGGAUCGCAGUUUGGGGGACAGCUCGUGUGUGGGCGCGUAGACGGGUUGCGGCGCCUUAUCGGCACCCAGCCUCCGGUCGUCCUGACGUUGUCUUACCAUUUGAGCAAGGCAAGAGAGGUUACCGCGUAUUCUACCUAAGUCAGCCUCAUUAUAAACACAUUCUCUCGCAAGUCAACCGCCGCUGCGUCCACCCCGUGGGGCACACGGUGGGCGUCGAACUUUCAUGUCCCCGCGCAGCAAAGAAUGCUCAUUUGAGUUGCUAUUUAUAAGUCCAAAUGUGUGUUUUGACCACGCCCUUCCUUCGGCCUCUAAGAACUUCUGUUCAACUGAGGACCCUAUGACCUAGCUUUCUCCAAUCAAGACUUCUUACUUUUGACCUCUAUUUGGGGACAAGGUUGCACCCUCGAUGGUUGUGGAUAAGUAUAGUCCUCUGCUGCCUUCACUGCUUUGGGCAGCCUAGAGGACAGGCUCACUGAACGUUCUUCUUUCACCCUCAUUCUCACUCUUGUGACCGCCCAAACUGGCCACGAUUUUGUCCUUUCGUCCUCCUGCUCUCUAGGCGCGCCCUCUGUCUGUUCUGGUCACCUGCUCGAACCGGUCCGACGAUGAGCGCAUCAUUAAAUUGUUGUUGUUGUCAUCGUCGACGCCCCUCUAGUGUCUCAUCAAUAUCCAGCCGCCAUCAUGUAUAGGGCACGGGACUAUGGAAUACCCGUAUUACAGCCUUAAAGUCCAGAAGGUAGUGUAAGGGUUAAGGUUUGGACACGGGAACAGGUAUCCCUAUCAAGCUUAGCGUAUGACCACACGUAGUACGGGGGAGGGUCCAUUUUCCCGUGUUCGACCGACUAAGAGUGCCUGACGAAUUUACCUUAUCAGUCCUCCUGUGGGGAGAGCGAAUGCCCCUGUCGUGGUCUUGUCAACAUUUCUGUCCUCAGAGGCUGCAUUUGGGCACAAAGUGCCCAAAGGUUGCUUUAUCAGUCCUCUUGUGGCUUGCAUGACAUAGACCACACUCACUCCUCCCUCACCCACCCUGCUUCAAUGGCAAGAAAGCGUCCAGACGACCAAAAGUGGGCGAGGACACAGUCUAACGGUCCGUCUGUGUAUGAUACACAAACGACCAGGUUCCCAGGCUACACUAAGGACCCUUUGGGAUCCCACGUGGGUGAGAACGCCAUAAAGUCCACAUUGAGAAGGAACCGCUACAGCCGGACUACCUUACCGCCAGACAGCAUCUUUCGUGAGGAUAGAUUCUCAGUUUCAGCCUCGCUCUCUCUCCUCCCUCACCCAUGCAUCAGUCGACUGUCCGAACCUGUCACCCAACGGGUGCUGUGAUUGGACACACGCAUACGACGGUUCGACCACCGUUUAUGACGCUGUCCACCGUGUGCCACAUAGCAGGAUGGACGCAGGGACGGUGACUUGUGUGUGGAUCAAUUUGCAUUGGUAAUAGAUUUUAGCUGCACUUACCGCACUCUCUCCUCCCCCAUCUGGGCCCGGUUUCAUGACAAAGUCAAAAAGACGGGAGGCGAGAUUGGGUGCAGGUGACUGGUUCGGUGUGAGUGUUCACCAAGGCGUGUCACCUCUCCCCCUACUCCAGUUGUACUUUUGUUAUGAGGGCGCAUCCCAAAUAACGUCUGUCCUGUUCCCGUCGUUGUCCAGCGCCCCCUACAAUGUGGCCCAUUUUGGGGCACGCACACACGGUUCCAAUUGUCCACAGAAGAGGUCUAUGGAAGGAGCCAUAAGCACCUCAUCCAAGCCAGGUUCAUCAGUGUUUUGUUGCCCGGUGUUCUCCAUUGCCGGAAAUCGCACUCUGCUCGCUCUUUCUGCGCGACCGAGUUCGGCCUGGCAAGUGGUUGCUUGUUUGUCCCCCUUCCCUGCCACCCAUUCGGAGUUUGUUGUUGAGCGAAGUCAGUGGGUCGCCGGGUCCCCUCGGCUCCUAUGUGAGCAAAGAGAUGGCCGAGUGGCGAGGCACUGAUGGACCGCGGUUCGAUGGCCUAUGACACAUCUGAUAGACUCCCUAUUGUUAGCCAUCCGCGCUCUGGGUAGGGGUGCGUACAUUUCCGUUUCUAAACCAGCUUGAUGAUCAGAUCAACGAAGGCUGGGUAAGCCCGAACCAGCACUGGAGCAGUCUGUCUGCACAUUUGCCAAUAUCUCCUCCCCUUCCAGUGUAUUUUCUUUACAUUUUUGCGCUUGCUUGAAAGUAGUAUUUGGGUUUCUAAGUUUCCCAUUGUGUGAAUGUUUAAUACGCACGUUUGAUUUGUCAGGGUGUCUACAGUGCUCUAAUAUCUUAGUGCCGCCUACCGGUUGUACAAGUUGAUCCAUAUUUAUUUAACUGUCCUGCGGACUUCUGAUAGGUUUCUCUGUGUUGAUGUGUAAGGUUAUAUAAAUUUGUUCCAUAAGAAGUGCGUGUAGUGUACUUUUGAAAAUUUAAGUGCAUGUGAAGACCUAGGUCUUGUUUAAAAGUACAUCGGCGUUUGUGAAUUCUGACAGCCGAUAUGCCUCUUUCUAUAACGCACGAUGACACCUUAGUAGCUGUUGUACAUCGGCGGACAUGUGUAAUUUAUGCAAAAGAAUAAAACAAAUCUAAUCACCCCCCCCCCCCAUCCACCGGAAAUCAACUCAAGGUCAUGUCCAAUGAUAAUUGGAUUUAACACCCCGCCAAAGUAAUAUUUUCCGUGGGAAUCAUUCCAGGAAAUUUGGGAGCCUUGCAUGAUUGAAUUGCCGUACUAAAAAGCCCCAACGACAAGUAUGUGUGCUAGGUCUGCUUUGCUAGACCACACACGCCGUCAUCGUCGAUCGCAACGCCUGACCUCCUCACGCAGUAAUCCUCCAGCGAUGAGGACUCUUUCGCCAAAAAUAGUAUCAGGCCGCUAGACGUAGCCUAUCCACGUUCCUUCCGCCCGAUCACCCAACCUGCUCCGCAUAUGCGACUUCCUACUUUUCUGCAACUACUAGUUGCGCUAACAGCAGGCGAUGGAUCCCCACUUCCAUCUCGGGACUGUUUUUUGCGGGGGGGGGGGCGCGGGGCGUGCAGUUUCGUAGCCUCCUUCGUUAGUCGCCGGGUUUUUACGCCAUAACUCCCCCUCCUCCUUCGGCCUGACAGAUACGCAAACGCUUUGGGGCAGCCUAAUCAGCGCAUAUCUAAGGACGCAGUUUAUGCUGCUCUCAAGGAGGAGGCAGUCCGGAUGGCUUGAGCAAAAAGAUGCCGACGGUCGUCACUAACAACAGUCUGUUCGCUGAAGGUCAACAGGCAAAUACGUCAGAUGGUGGAGUAGAUAGGACAUUACUAGGAGGCGAGGCAACGUUACUGUUUUGAGUUUUACCUAAGUAAUCUAAGUAACCUUAGGUAAUAAACAACCGUAAAGCCUGCGACCGGAUGAGCAGUUGCCGGUAAAGCCAGCGAAUUAGACUGAGAAGUGCCCCGAACCGUUCCUCCUGGCAGGCGACUGCAUGGAGCUAAUUACGGGAGGUUGAAAGUUCACCCGGGUCUGAGGACCGGGUAUUUUACAGCCCUCUAAUCCGUGUCUCAGAGAAGUCAAGGCUGUGAUUAGUGUCCAUCACAUUAGUUAUUAGCCACGACUGAUGGCGCUGCGUAAUUACGGGCUUGUGCCCCUCCGAUCGCGUUGCCACGUCAUGGUCUGCUUGAGUUGUGUGCCUGAAGGAGCAAUUAUCACUCGACUGCCCUGUUACUUCUGCCUCAUUCGUGGUGUAGGACAAGUCCUACUAUUAUGUCACCACGGAGCUCGCUGCCCUUUCGAUGGCCGAAACUCCUAGGUCAGCCAUUCGUCACAUAAUUAAACGUUGGAGCAGGCAAAACAACCACCGGGUGUCAUAGGACCUGAGACAUUCAGAUUGGAAUUGAUUUCCAAAGCAAGCGAAACUUUUGCCUUUUGGAUCAGUAAGGUAGCUGGCGCUGUGACUACCUGCUGGGGCCUCCUGACGGUCUAAAUGUGGAUUUAGUUACUAUUAUCCAUUGAACAAAGAGAUCUGGGUUACGUAGAGGAGCGCUCACCGAUCGUUUCUAUGGCACUCACUCGUCCCUUUGUGCCUUACGGGCUCUCUCUUGAGCCAAACUAGCAGCCGCACAGCAGCGCAUGAUAUAGGCAGAAAGACAAGGGAGACUUGAAUGGUCAUUUCUGGCUUAUUAGCCGUCGUCAGCCAGUCCUACUCAAGCCCGAAGUGCGAAAUACCUGGGGCUCGAACUCGACUCCUGUUAGUCCAAUGCGUCUGACCACUGAGUCACGGGCUCGUCACCCAGAUGCGUGGAACACCUGGGAUUCGUAGUGUCACAACGGGACGAGUGAGUUCCGUAUAAACGAUCGGUGAGCGCCCCCUCUACCAUUCUAUAUUCCCGCUCGCAAACGACAAGAAAACGGGCCCGUGGCCCAGUGGCUAGGGACGUUGCACUUCUAACUAACAGGUCGCCACAACGAACCUCCGGUGUCCCACACCUCGGGGUUGGCAUGACUGGCUGACGACGGCUAAUAAGCCAGAAAUGGUCAUUCCAGUCUCCCUUGUCUCUAUCGGUAAUGCCAUUCUAGAUAUGUCCGUUUCCGUGAACUAUAGCGAAAGGCCAUCUGUAAUACAUUCUGCAUGAUAUAGGCAGAAUGGUAUUACCGACGGCUAAUACUCCAUAAAUAGCCAUUACAGUCUCCCUCGCCUUUUUCGGUAAUACCAUUCUACCUAAAUCUGGUUAUACCUCGUCCGUCCUGCUAUCCAGCUUGCAAUUCUCGGGUUGUUGUAGCAUUCGGGUCCAAACGUUAAGGUAUCCUGUGGCUAGCAGCUUGAUUGACGAGAAACCAGACAAAUCUCCCCAACAAUGAAAUCUAAUAAAUAAGACGCAGGACUCAUACAGGCAAGGUUGGGCCGAAUUAAACGUUCCUGUGGCCUACGGAAGUUCUGCUCCGGGAGGUUACCACGGCACUGUCGAUUGGAACAGAGAUGCGCCUGGGCCCGGCUAUAAGUCGCAAGGCAUUCCCUCCGAUGUUGUGAUUUGUCAUUCCCGGAUGUGCACAUCUCCACGCAAAUGCGAUUCUGAGAGAAAAAAUGACCCUGUCGAUCGGUACCCAUUUAACUCUCCCAUUACGACCUAUGACAGCCAUUCUCCCUCUUCUACGAGCCUUGAUAUCUGACAUAAUUUCUUGUCGAUCUAGUAUGCUUGUGGAGUGUUCACACGGGUUUGCAUGGGUGCUCUCACGGGUGGUUACGUAAUGGCGACUGAGAGACGGUAUAAGGUAAGUGAAUUGGCAAAGGCGAAAAAGCUGAAAGGAUAAAUGCUUGCUUGCUUGCUGCCUGCACAUCGCGCCUCUGAGCCAGAAAGCCCUAACAUUUAAAUUGGUGUGUGCAGAAUUCAUUCACGAUGCAGCGAUCCAGACUGUAUUCCCCCCCGGUGAUGAGUCCACUUUCUGUCGACCGAGGGGGAUCAGUUUUCUCCCAGCCUUGGAGUGGUACUCCCUGUUCUGGCCUAGUUGCAUAUUCUGGUCGGAAUUGUGCCCUGCUAAGACCCUAUUACUUCACCCUCACGUUCCUUAUUUCGCUGUCCCCCCUUUUGUAGGCAAUGGAACGGUAGAGUACGACGAGUUCCUUCGCAUGAUGUCUCGGUACUCGGAGAAGACAUCCAAUUAUCCUGAUGCUGAUAUGUGGGAAGCCUUUAAGGUUUGUCUCUCAGAGCCUACCAUGCGUUGUCCGGUUUUCCGCUUUCUUAAACUUCUUCUUAUCUGCAGAAUCGGUAAACAGUGAACGCUGCCCUCUUCAUCUGGACUGUUUUUAAUGUUAUCUUUUAUAUGGUUUUUUUUCGCGUAUGCCGGAAGACUGACAAAACUGACAGCUGACCUUUGUAAUCGGCGUUGGGGCGUUCACUCAAUGGGCCUUGUAGAUACUACUUGGAAACUGGGGCGGGAAUACAGUGUCGCAACACUUAGAAUUGUCUAUUCCCCCACCAGCCUGUCUUACGGGCGGACUACUACUACUACUACUACUCCCAUCACCACUACUACUGCUACUACUGCCACUACUACCGCUGUUACUACUAAUACUACUACCACUGGCGGGAAUACAGUGUCGCAACACUGAAGAAAACUUUAUCCCCCGUCUACCACCACUGAUACGGCGAAUACUACUAAUAAUCCUACUAUAAGUACUACUACCACCGCCACCACGGCUGCCAAUGCUACUCUACCAACGCUUACAAUAUGGGUAACUAACUGCAAUAAUACUAGCAUCAGUAACGGAGUGUUGCGACACUGGUAUCCAACCGAAACUGGUCCCCAUUAGUCGAGUACUCGAUCAGGCCCUCCAUUCCCGACCCCUAAUCUUUGCCACUGAACUUUCCGAUCAUAGACCUUGGUCGUCUGUGUAUUGUCAGUUGAAUCACUACUUUUUCGGAGGCGCCAACAGUUCUUCUGAGCAGGUGAGCUAACAGCUUGAUGGGAAUAGUGACGGAUUCGCGUUUGGACAUAGCGUAGAAGGAGGGCGACGAGGAAGACGGCGAACAAUAGGGUGGAAGACGGCGACGGGCACUGCUUAAAUAGCACUUUGUCAGGCAACGUCGGAGUUCACUGCGCGUAGAAAAUUAUCUCAGAUAUUGCUGUUGGGAGCGUCUCCAAGUCUGCGCGGUCACAAGGUCACUCAUCCCCUUGAGGACGCCGUCAGCGUAAUUGCGUCCUCCAGAGGUCACAGGUGCCUCGCUACCAUCCGACAACAAUGUGCACUGUGCGUCGUCAGAAAAAAUUAAACACCAAACUGGGUUCACUGAGUGGUCCAUUGGAGGAGUAAGCUCUGGCUGUUGAUUUCCCCGAAGGCCGGUACUUGGGCACCGGUCGCUGAAAGGUUUGGCUUGCUUUCACGGGCCGACUGUCCUCGCGUGAACUGCAAUCAGUCAAAGUGACCUGAUUGGGAGAAGGCAUUCGUCUUCAGAUCAGAAAUCCACAAAUCACUUUACUCCUAAUUCACAAAUUUCGUGAGUAUUUCUCCCCCAAAUUCAUCCUCAUUGUGGUCCAGUCUGCUCUGCACAAGACUCGAUGCUCCGGUUUCAUUGUCAUCCUAGCCCCCAUCCGAAACAGAGCUGACACAUCACACCGUAGACCGUAUACUGCUGACACGGAUCGGCUGUAAGGCUGAGUGAACUAACAUCAGUGAUUCCUAACACGAAAACAUAUAACCGAGGAAGAUCGUGUUCCCUUUUUUGCACCGGCGGCACAGCAUCCAUUAUGCUUAUCCAGGUCGUUCCACUGGUACUCAUUCCGUGGGUUGUGAUCGGUUAAAGAUGGAAGAGGAGGGUAGGACAGCCUGGUUUCAGUUUGUUUUUUUUACCGAGCGAACUGUUUAUGCAUGGGACGCGGUUGGUGUGCAGCGGUUGGAUUUAAAGUAAAUCCCAGUGUGCACGAAAGCAUCCGGGAUAUUUGUCGAAGACGUAUGUUGAAUUGUACUGAACUGACUGGGCGACAACAAAUAGAAAGCGUCCAUUUUACCCACUGUUUUCUGUAAAGAUCUAUCCCGUGGAGCAGGUGUGGUGGGCUUCUAUGAGGAAUGUAGUGCCAACAGGUCCCACUAGAAUGCCCCUCUUCAGCCUU